AUGAUGCAAGCACCGCCAGGCCCUUCGCAACGCAUGCAGCGACGCUCUCCAGGUGCUGAACCUGGGCCCCCACCGAAUGUGCCCGUACGCUCGAUAUCCCCCGGUAAUGGCGUGCAGUCGCGGUCCUCCAAUGCCUCGAAUAGAUCCGCUCCUCCAAAUGGGAUGCGGAGGUCGAAUAACUCUACAAGCUCUGCUAUGCCUCUAUCUCAAAUAGAAAAGAGCGUCACCCACCUGUUAGUCGCAACGAAACAACUUCUUGAGACUCUUACACAAUGGUCGCGUGGCCAGGCCACCGAUGGCCAGGUUUCCGACGUCUAUGUGAGACUGGGAUACGAGUUCAACAUGGCGUGUCGGGCAUUCACAGCAAUCAACGUGGAUACGUCCGACCUGGGUAACGUCCCCGAGUUGCUACGAAGUAUCCUAGAAGCCACAUUGAGCCAGGAAGCGAGCACCGAGAGCUUGGAGAAAUAUCUCCCUCGCAUUCGAGAUAUAAUAAUCAACCUGCUUCACGGCCUUAAACGAAAGCAGCAGAAGCUGCGCCAGAAGGGACCGAGGGAAAGAGAAAGCGGCGGCUCAGCAGGUGUUCCCGAGCGGACGACGAGUACCAGUACAGUCAAUAGCACGAAUACUGGCCUAACGAAUCUGCUUGAAGAGGGUAUACAGAAUGGCUACCGGCCAGAUGCGCAGAGAGAAUCGUCUCAAUCGGCCGGCGCCCCUGCUACAUCUCCGAACCGCCGCUAUAUCCCUCAAAGGGACCAGUCGCGGGGUUCCGUCAACUCGGAGCAGUCUUCCCUGUCUAGCAACACUUUGCAGAAUAUCCCCGUCAUGCCGCCCUACCCCGGCGACGACUCCUCGAUGCCAUCUGCGCCUUCCGGAGAGAUCAAUGUUGACUCUUUCCCACCGCCGCCGCCGCCGCCGAAGCAGCAAUCAAGUGCAUUCGCUGCUUUGCAAAAGGGAGGUGACUUGGAGAGAAGAGCCUCUCGCCGAUACUCCCAAUAUCAAAUUUCCAAGCAUCUCGGAGGUUCUGCGAAUGGUGUGCCCUUGUUACCCUCACAGAACUCUCCGAUACCCAACCGAGGCCGGGGAGAGGUGCGAGAGUCUCUUCGGGCUGUACAAACACGAGAGACUCUCCGUCAAAACCGCGCUUCAAAGCAACCUCAGUUCGAAUCUUCACCAUCUCAAACUCCUCGCCGUUCCAGUGACGAAUCUCCGGCGGCAGAGUUACCUGCCGGCAGACCCGAGAGCCCUAUUAUUCAAACUCCUGAAGACAAAUACCCCAAACCGAGCGCGACCCUGAAGGGCCCUUUGAGCGAUGACCUCCCUAUUAUGUCUCAUGACGACGACCCAGCGCAAAGACCUAUACCACCAAGCAAGGACGAGCCAACGACCCCGCAAGUCAAGACGCCGGAGAAAAAGCGUGACACUACAUUCCUCCAUGAACAAUCCCCGCCCUUGACAAAGGACUUGACGCUGUUUCUGCAAUAUAAGUCGAAAGUCAAGAAAUUUGUACUCCCUGAGGGCUACAGCGAGCUUUCUAUCGGGCGACUGCAGCUGGCGUUCAUUGAAAAGUUCUCCUGGAACACACAGGCAAACGGUGCUGAUCUGCCUGAAAUCUACAUCCAAGACCCCGUUUCGGGAGUGAGGCACGAGCUUGAAGACCUGUCAGAUAUCAAAGACAGAACGGUUCUGGUUCUUAACAUCGAGCCUCUGGAUGAGGUCAAGCGCCAUAUUGAUGAUGGUCUCGGUCAACUAAAGAAGAUUGUGCAGGACGUGAAGCAGAACAUGGAUGACCAGGGUUUGGCGAUUCAGCGGGUUUCGGAACGUCAACAAGAAGCGGCAACGGAGAUGGCAAGACUAGCUGCGAUGCCACCUGUGGCCUCGGCGCCAGCUGAUGGGUCCAAGGCAGUAGUAGCUGCUGGCGGCCGCAAACUUGGCGCAGGUCAUAUGGCGGAGAUCCAAAGUCUCCGCCGCGAUUUGGCGGUUAUGCGACAGGCCUAUGCCAACUUCCAGUCAGAGAUCCAGGGUUCCAUGUCUGCCAUUCGUAACAAGGCGAGCAACGUCAAGGCUGCGGUGGUCAAGGCCUCAGUCCCUAGUAUUGAAGGUGAUACCGGCCACGCCUACGUCACCAAGGGCCGCGAACAGCUCAACACGGAUUCCGAUAGGCUCGUCGCCCGCGUCGAUGACUUGCAGGAUUUGGUGGAAGACCUCCGGAAGGAUGUUGUCCACCGUGGUGUGCGGCCACUGCCUAGGCAACUUGAGGCCGUCGCCAAGGACAUCACGAUGCUCGCGAAGGAGCUCAAGAAGGUGGAGGAGUACAUGAAGGAGGAGAAGCCCAUCUGGACCAAGAUUUGGGAGAAGGAGCUCGAGGAUGUGUGCAAGGGCCGUGAUGAGCUACGCCUUAUGGAGGAUCUCAUGGUCGAUCUGCAAGACGAUUUGGAAAAGGCCUCGGAAACGUUUGCGCUUGUUGAGCAGGCCACCAAGGAACAGAUGAAGGACAACGGUACUAGUGCAAGCGCUGGCACCGCUCGUAACUUUUCCAAGGGACUAAACAGCCUGGGAAAUAGUCUUGAUCAGAACGCGGCGAAGGAUGGUGUUCUUGGGGAGGUGAGGGCGCUGCAGCCCAACCACGAGAACCGGCUGGAGGCUAUUGAAAGGGCGGAGAAGCUAAGGCAAAAGGAACUUGAGGGUCGACAAGGCAAUGAACUGCAGAGAGAACUAGCAAACUUUGUCGAGGAAGGCAAGCUGAAGAAGUCUGGCGGUUUCGAGGAGGUUGAAAGAGCAAGGAAAGCCAAGGACGACAGGAUCAGGAAGGAGGUCUGGGAACGACAGAAUGGCGUUGUCGCUGGCGAAGGCGAGGAGGACGAAGAGGGUGUCGAGUAUGAGUACGAGGAGGUGGAAGAGGAGGAAGAGGAAGAAGAGUCAGGGGCCGGCGCCGCAGCGCCUGAGGCAGAAAAGCCGCCAGCACCGCCAGCGGCUUAA